AUGCGAUCCCUUUCUGUCUUGGCCCUUGGCCUAUGUGCCCUACUGCCAGCGGUAGCCACGGCUGAUGUCGACUUGACAAAGGUCCCGGAUUGUGGUUUGACAUGUAUUAUCACGCAAACAGCCAACUCGACAUGUUCGUCGCCCCUGGACCAGGCAUGCGUCUGCACAAACACCAAGCUGCUGGGUCAGAUAACCGAGUGUGUGACGGCGAGCUGCGGUAUUCGUGACCAGUUAGCUACCAAGAAGUUUUCGUCCGACUUUUGCGGGGUUGUAGGCGAAGACAGGAGAUCGUUGGUAUACAUCUUGGCCAUCGUCUUUGGAGCCCUGGGGCUGCUAGCCUUUUGCCUCCGGUGCCUCGCGAGAUUCGUCGGCUCACGAAUGUGGGAUUGGGACGACACUGCCAUGUGCUUUGUUAUGUUGUUUAUGAUUCCCUUGCAGGCCCUGUCGAUUCCUCUAUCACAACAUGGCCUUGGCUUGGACAUGUGGAACGUGUCAUUUGACGACAUAGAAGAGAUCCUUCAUUUGUACUUCUUCGACGAGAUAUUAUAUAUCACUGCGCUCGCUCUGACGAAGGUGUCAAUCCUCUUCUUUUACCUCAAGGUCUUCCCCAAGAAGUCGUUCAAAAUCUGCACGUGGACCCUGAUCGCCGCCAACCUGACCUACGCCCUGACCUACGACUUCCUCCUCAUCUUCCAGUGCGACCCCAUCCCCGGCGCGUGGCUCUUCUGGGACGGCACGUUCCACGGCACGCGGGAAUGCCUCAACAUCAACAUACUGGGCUGGUCUGCCGCGGCCAUCAACAUCACGCUGGACUUGGCGGUCAUUCUGCUGCCCAUGCCUGAGCUGUUCAUGCUCUCCAUGUCCAUGAGGAAGAAGCUCCAGAUCGUGGCCAUGUUUGCCGUCGGUCUCUUUAUCACCGUUAUCAGCGUUGUGCGGCUGCAUUCUCUCAUCAUAUUCGGCAAGACCAGCAACCUGACCCAGGACUACGUCGAAGUAGGCUACUGGUCCACGAUCGAAGUGCCCAUCGGCGUGAUCUGCGCCUGCAUGCCCGCCAUCCGCUCGCUCUUCUCGCUCGCCUUCCCGCGCGUCUUCGGCACCACCCGGGGCCACGGCAAGUCCAACUACGGCAGCACCUUUGGUCACUCCACGACUGCACACCUGCAGAGCUGCAGCAACGGCAACGGCAACCUCAACAGUAUAAACAAGAUCAAGGUCAAGCAGGAGUGGACGGUGCUCGUCGAUCCUGUCGGGGGCCAUCGUCAGGACCCCUACGCGCCACAUCACAGCCGCGACUCCAGCGACGUCGAGCUCGUGCGUAUUGGCACGUUGACGGAUGUCGAGAGUGGCACGACGACGCGCAAGAUGACGCUUACGAAGGAGCAGGGCGCGUGGGGCGGCAGGCCAAAGGGGCAUGGGAGCCCGUUAUAG